CAAUCAUUGGCAUGUUGAGCCCCAACCUCUUGCUGGAUUAUUUUAGAGAUGGAAAUUGUUAAUUAGCAUCACCUUCUCUCACUUUCUCAGCAGCUGUCAUAUAAAUUCCUCUUUCGACACAAUUAAGCUUCUAGGUUGCUCGUUUUCCUGUUCCAACAACAUCAUUUGUUCACCGAACUUCCCCGGCAAAGUCCAACGUUGUGAGGAGAUCUUUUGCCAAGAUGGGGUCUGUGGAAAGAUCAAAGAAGAAGGUCCACUUGUGGAAGAAAGCCGUAGUCCACUUCUCUUUAUGUUUCGUCAUGGGAUUCUUCACCGGCUUCGCUCCCACGGGUAAGCCCACGACGUUCGCCGGCCGACCGGUCACGUCCAACAAAAUGGAGAUCUCCCCUCCACAAGCUGCAGAACUAUUGGACCCGCCGCCGAUGGCAUCUUCACAUGUCAAUUUGAACAGAAGCUUGAUUUCCGAGGCGCCGGAGCGGGUCCUGGGGAAACCCCAUGCCGAAGCUGAAGAGGAAGAUCUCUCGGAAAACGAAGAUAAUCGAAUAGAAGAAGCCGAAUUUCCGGAGGGAAACAGUGAGCUUGUCCCUAGGAGGCUCCUGAUCAUUGUCACACCCACCACAAGUGGAUCGAGAAGCCAUCCAUUUGCGGGUGUGCUGCUGAGAAGGUUGGCGAAUACUAUAAAGUUGGUCCCCCAACCAUUGCUGUGGAUCGUGAUCGAAAAGCGGUCGGAUUCCGACGAAGUGCCGGAGAUCAUGAGGAAGACGGGAAUCAUGUACCGGCACCUGGUCUUCCGCGAGAACUUCACAGACCCGGAUGCAGAGAUGGACCACCAGCGGAACAUGGCUCUCCGGCACAUUGAGCACCACAAGCUCAGUGGCAUUGUUCACUUCGCGGGGCUCUCGAACGUCUACGAUCUGGACUUUUUUCAGGAGCUCAGAGAGAUUGAGGUGUUUGGGACGUGGCCUAUGGCGGUGCUAUCGGCGAAUCGGAAGAAGGUGAACAUAGAAGGGCCGGUGUGCGACUCGUCCCAAGUACUGGGAUGGCACCUGAGGAAGAUGAGCAACGAAACAACAGCCACGAGCGAGUCAAGGGCAAGACCUCCCAUCCACAUCUCCAGCUUCGCCUUCAACAGUUCCAUCCUUUGGGACCCUGAGCGAUGGGGCCGCCCUUCUUCCGGUCAACCCAACUCUCAGGACUCCAUAAAGUUCGUGAAAGAAGUGGUUCACGAGGACGAGACCAAAGUGAAGGGACUUCCGGGAGAGAAGUGCUCCAAAAUCAUGCUCUGGCACCUUCGCUAUCCACCCACUCGUCGUCGUCGUCAUCGUCAUCCCUCGACAGCUUCAUCGGACGCUGAUUCCCAACGAUGAGAGAAAGGAAGACAGCAAAUCAAUAAAAAACGAUGUUAUUUUCCCUGUCGUGUUUCUCAAAGUCUCAUCAAUUAAUUCUUUUGGGGUUUAUAGUUUACUCUGGAAGGGCCUAUUGUAGAGCAUAUAAAAUUUGUUUCGGUUUUGA